GCAUUUUAAUGUUUUCGUAUGUGUGUCAUGAAAAGUCAAACGUUUCUGUUCUGAUGCAGUUUGUAGCGAAAAAAGUCCCGUGAAUCGCGGAAGAAAUUUUCUUAUAAAAUUUUUAUGACGCUUCACUAUGUGGGAUGAUUCGGAGCAACAAUCUGCCACCUUUGUGUGGCAGAAAAAGCUGGAGAAGCAAGGCUUGAAAAACCUUUCCCGGAAAGAGCUGGAAGCGCUCAAUCGUAAGAAGCAGCAGGAAAAUGUAAUCGAGCUGGAUAAACUUAAAAAGCGCCGGCUGGAACGAGAGCACCAACAACAGCAACGGGAAGAUGAUAUGUAUCUGAUGCAACGGUCGAAAGAAGUGGCCCAAUUUGAGGAAUGGCAGCGGCAAGAGGAAACGUUUCAUCUGGAGCAGGCAAAGCUGAGAAGCAAGAUCAGGAUUCAGGAUGGCCGAGCGAAACCCAUCGAUUUACUGGCGCAGUACAUUUCCGAGCAAAAUCUGGAGGAAUCCAUUGAGAUGCAAAUGCAUGAGCCUUAUACUUACCUGAACGGGUUGGGUCUGGACGAUUUGGAGGAUUUGGUAGCGGACAUCAAAGUUUAUAACGAACUGGAGAAGGGACAGAAUGGGGAUUAUUGGAACGACUUGACCAUUAUAGUGGAAGACGAGCUUCAAAAAUUGCGGAAGGUUGAGGUUGAAAAGCAAAGGAUGGCCAGCGGACGGCGGGAAGGAAUUCAUCAAAGUGUCGCUAAGGAUGUGACUCAAAUAUUCAGAGGGAAAAGUUCGGUACAGCUGGAACAGUUGAAAAAGAAAAUUGAGGACAAAAUCAGUAGCCAACAGGAUGGUUUGGAUAUUGGUUACUGGGAAAGCUUGCUAUCGCAGCUGAAGGCUCAUAUGGCUCGUGCUAGAUUGCGCGAUCGUCAUCAAGAAAAUCUCCGUAAUAAACUGGAAAUGCUUAAAAAGGAGCAAGAGUCAAGCGUAAAGAAGGAAGAAGAUGAUGAUUCCGAGGCAGGGCCAAGCGGAGCAGGUCCUUCCGGAUUGCGAAAACUGGAGGCAAUGGAUGAAACCUCCAGAGAUAGCAGCAGUCAAUCCGGCACUGAACAAGCUAAAGAUGAGGAAAGUCACGAAUCAGAUCUGCUCAAUGAAUGCUUCGAAUUGUACAGAAAAGGUGGUUAUGAGCCAAAAUACGUUUCUGAGAGUGACCUGGAAGCGGGAGUGGAGAUAGUGUCCGAAGAAAAAGACGACGAAGUGUUGGAUCUUCUUCGACAGAAAGUGUUGGGAAUCAAUCAGGAGGAUGAAACUUUUUCGAAGGACGAACUUAUCCUCCGCAAGGAAGCAAAACGAGGAAUGAACGAUGAUGAAGCGGAAUUUUCCGUCGAAUCCCGAGUCGAUUCGCAAGUCUACUUGUGGUCUGACAAGUAUCGUCCUAGGAAGCCGCGUUACUUCAAUCGUGUCCACACUGGCUUCGAAUGGAACAAGUAUAACCAAACUCACUACGAUAUGGAUAAUCCUCCUCCGAAAAUCGUUCAGGGAUACAAGUUCAAUAUUUUCUAUCCGGAUUUGAUCAAUAAGAAUUCUACGCCACAAUAUUUCCUGACACCUUGCUCGGACAAUCCGGACUUUGCAACGCUGCGGUUUCACGCGGGGCCACCUUACGAGGACAUUGCGUUUAAAAUCGUAAAUCGAGAGUGGGAAUUCAGCUACAAGCGAGGUUUCCGCUGUCAAUUUCACAACAAUAUUUUCCAGUUGUGGUUCCAUUUCAAGCGAUACCGGUACAGAAGGUAAAAGAUAGGCUCCAUUAUUUUCGUGGUGAGUGUUUCAAUAUAUUUUUUAAACUUCACAAUA